AAAAUGUGCCACCUACUGACCUUCCUCUGUGCCGUCGCAGUUCUUCAGCUUAUUGACAGGAAGCGGUCGCACAAUUGUUGGUACCGCCCUAUUAGUUCGUUGGUGUUAUUCAUUCAAGGCCAACAACUCAUUGCAAAAAACGUGCGACGGAAAAGCAGCAAAAAUCAGACCGGUCGUCCACCUCCGUAUGGCGCUGGUUUCUCCGGCUUCAGGGUCUUUUGUCGACACAUUUUCGAGACAAAAAGUCAGAAAAAGAUCGAAAAGCCGCCGCUAAUAACAACAAUAACGACAAUUACAACAAACGCCAGUAUCGUACAGAAAGCCACCGCUUAUCAUUCGGUCCGUUGUUCCGUUGCAGCGACGAUACCAACAGAUGAGGCGUGGCAAUAUGUUAGGGCAAGGUUACGCGCAGGACAGACCGUAUCAAGAGAUGACCUUGCCGGCCAAAGCAUUGUUGCUAAACUAGCAGUUUGGUGACCUCGUAUACAGGAAUGAGCGCUGCCAAAUACACUAUGAGGUAUCGUUUUGCCGGAUCUAUUCAGUAGUACUCUGUUAACGUCUUUGGCGGUCGUUUAAAAUGGAAGUGCCAUCGUCUGUCUAUCUGAAUGACACUCAACUAAGAAAUGUCUGGUCGGUGGUAACGGUCACUGGAGAAAGUAUUUGGUUCGAUAACGGUAUGUAUGUAGGUUCAGCAACUUGUGCUUUCUUGAGUGUAUGCAUCGUCGCUACGACGAACGACUAGGACCUAUUUCGAGUGAAAAAAUGGCGUCGUGACUGAAAUGACGACAGAUGUCCUUAUCUGUUACAUGUAUAUGUCAGAAACAGAAUAUGGCGACAAUAUUUUCGUUCGUGUUAUUUGUCGUCGCAAUGUUCUUCCGUAUUUAGGUGAUGCAUAGGAGCGGCAGCAGUGGUUGAUGUAGGUAACUGCGGUCACCACUACGACGAAGCCCUUGCCGACUACACCCUACCACUGCAGCGGUAAACCAUAGUGUGGACACAGCACGCACGCACGCAUGCGCCUGUGCACGUACCACCGUUUUCUAACAAAGGCCAACGGAGUAGCCAGUAACAAUAACGGUGAAUAAUAAGAAGCAAUGUUAUUGUUGACUAGCAGAGAAUAAGAAUGAACGAACUCGUGUCUUCACCGUUACAACAGUCGAAACACAUCCGGUGGUUAGAGAUGGAUGAAGAAUAGCUAUUUUGCAGUAAUCUCUUUCAAUUCACGCCAACAAUUUUCUAAUGCGGAGAUUUUAUCCCCGACCAACCUCAGGCUACAGAGAUGUAAAAGUUCACAAUUCAAUUAUUUCCAGCACUGAGUCAUUUAAGAUGUUAUAUGUCAAAACAAUUAUGUUUUGGCGUUCGCAAUUAAAUCUUCAGUAACAGUAAUAAGGAAGUGAUAUUUAUUGUUACUGAACAUAUUUUUAAGCUUAAUUCCAUUUAUAUAGCGUGACAUAUGAUAAUGGCCGAUACGUAAAUGUAUCAAUAAAUAUUACGAUUACGGCCUCCGCCUGCUAAACCAUUUUUCCCAUCAUUGUUUUAUAGCUCUUUGGUAUUUUGAAAGGCAGGCUCAUUAUUAGCAAGGACAAACCAACAUGAUAUUAGAUUACACACACACACACAUAAUAUAUAUAUAUAUAUAUAUAUAUAUAUAAAAUUGUUUGAAAUACGUUUUCGAUGUCUUGACAAAAAUAAGCGUAAGGCAGCGAUUGGAUCAGAUGGAACAAAUGAGUACCUCCUGAAAGCGUAUCCCAAUUUUGUUACUGUGAGACGUGUACCCGGACACAUGAACGUCAUGUCGCACGGCCAUCGCGCGCCCUUGAUGCUUUGUCGGUAAGCGAAGGACUUGCUGGUCCUAACAAGCGUCACUUAGAAAAACAAGUAUUACGUGAACACUGUUAUGCAACAGUAUUGUGCCAAAACAAAAUUAACAUUAUGCCAGCGUGGUGCCAAGGGCUAUGCCGGGAUUGCAGCCAAGUAUGGCAACAGACAGAAUCAUUUAGAAGUGUUUCUAUUGUUGCUCCAUAUAGCCGAGAUGCGAAUGGGGCUCACUGUGCCGUAAAGGUGAUGACUUCAAACUGCUCAUACUCCAGUAUAAUCAUUAUCUGAGUAGAGAAAAUCGAGCCGAUAUUAUAUGUGUAGGUCCGCAUUUCACCCACUGUUUUGCCUGUGGCGGGUACUUGUAGAAAUGUACGCAAGUAAAUUCAGAACUUGGCUUACAUUAGAUAGGCAAUCAGACUUGUAACAAAGUAAUAUAAUACCUAUACGGGCUAUAUUAUGUGACGUUAAAUAAAAGGAUUCUUCUAUAUUAAAUAAGUGGUAAAAUUUCCACGUGAAACGCUGACGUGAUGACUGGUACAAAAUUCGUCAAGUAGAAUGACAUUACUUGUAAUAAAGUCAUAACGCUGAACAAUUAAAUAUAAAAUAGGGAAAUUCUUACUUCAUACUAAUAUUGAUUUGUCGUCAACAUUUGCCAUCAUAGACUACGCCCAAUGUAUAAGAUUCGUUUGAAGCAUUUUCAAUUUGUUUACGAAGAGAGCGGAUCA